AUGGAGGUCUGGCUCCUCAUCCUGCUUUCUCUUUCCCUCUCUGUCUUCCUUAAAGUCCUGUUUAACCUUGUUUCUCUUUCCAAUACCCACAACCUCCCUCCAGGCCCUCUUACCUUUCCUGUUAUUGGCAACAUCUUAUGGCUCACCAAAUCCGCCUCUGAGCUGGUGCGUGUCAUCCGCUCCCUCAACCAAAAGCUCGGCCCGGUGGUCACCCUCCACAUCGGCUCUCGCCCCUCUAUAUUUAUAGCCGAUCGUUCCCUUGCUUACCAAGCCUUGAUCCAAAACGGGGCAGUUUUUGGUGACCGCCCACCUGCUCUUGCUACAAGCAGACUGCUUAGUUGCAAUCAGCAAAACAUCAGCUCUGCAUUUUACGGUCCCACUUGGCGGCUUCUCCGUCGAAACCUCACAGCAGAAAUCCUCCAUCCUUCGCGGGUUAAGACGUUUGGCCAUGCUCGUAAAUGGGUGCUGCAAAUCUUGAAGAUUCAAUUUGAGUUGUUGUCCAAGUCUGGAGAUCCUGUUCGUGUGGUGGAUCAUCUACAGUUUGCUAUGUUCUGUCUAUUAGUAUUCAUGUGUUUCGGUGACAAAUUAGAGGAGAAACAGAUUAGAGAGAUCAAACAAGUUGAGCGUCGCAUGAUGGUGAAUUUAAGAAGAUUCAAUAUACUUAAUAUCUGGCCAAGAUUGAGCAAGAUAGUGCUUCGUAAACGAUGGGCAGAGUUCUUGCAGCUUCGUAAAGGCCAAGAAGAUGUAUUGAUUCCAUUGAUAAGAGCAAGAAAGAAGUCGAAGGAAGAGAGAUUGAGUAAAUCAAAUAUGGAGGGCUGUACGGAUGAGCAUGUCUUGUCUUAUGUUGAUACACUGUUGGAUUUGCAGCUUCCCGAUGAGAAAAGAAAGCUUGAUGAGCUUGAAGUUGUUAGUUUGUGCAACGAGUUCCUUAAUGGAGGCACGGAUACUACUGCCACGGCCUUGCAUUGGAUCAUGGCAAAUUUGGUAAAGUAUCCAGAAAUUCAAGAGAAGCUAUUCCUGGAAAUCAAAGAGGUUGUUAGAGAAGGAGAGGAAGAGGUAGAAGAAGAUGAUUUACAAAAGAUGCCUUAUCUAAAAGCAAUAAUUUUAGAAGGUUUAAGGAGGCACCCUCCUGCACAUUUGGUUUUGCCGCAUGCUGUGACUGAGGAAACAGUGCUGGGUGAAUUUGUUGUUCCUAAAAAUGGGACAGUAAAUUUCAUGGUAGCUGAUAUUGGGUGGGAUCCAAAGGUAUGGGAGGAUCCCAUGGCGUUCAAGCCUGAAAGGUUUCUGAGUAGUGAAGGGAAAGUAUUUGAUAUAACAGGAAGCAGAGAGAUUAAGAUGAUGCCAUUUGGGGCAGGAAGGAGGAUUUGCCCUGGUUAUGGUUUAGCGAUGCUUCAUUUGGAGUAUUAUGUGGCUAAUUUGGUCUGGAGUUUCGAGUGGAAGGCUGUGGAUGGAGAUGAUAUUGAUUUGUCUGAGAAGCAGGAGCUUACCAUGGUAAUGAAGAAUCCCUUGCAGGUCCACAUAUCUCGCAGGUUGAAAAGCAAAAGUUAG